AUGGUCGAAAACAACGAGCCUUCAUCUCCGCCUGUUGCCGUACCUUUCAUAGUCAACCCUGUUUCGGCACUCAACAUAGAUUUUGCACCUGCUUUCCAGUCAUCUUCGGACCCGGUCAUUGACGAUGAGUCUUCUCCUUCGUCUAUUGCGGUGCCGCUUACAGACGACCCUACUCCAGCGAUAAUAAUUGCCCAUAAGCCUUCCUCAGUCUCGCCUGCUUCGACGUCAGUUAUAGAGGACGACAUUACUUAUCACCCACAAGCCUUCUCCCCCCUCGACUUCUACCCCGACUUCUUCUUCGCCCUCUUCUUUGCAUUCUUCUUCGACUUCUUCCUCGACUUCUUCCUCGGCCCCCAGCUCAAUUCCCUCGACUCUCUUCUUGGCUCCCUCUUCGACAUCCUCUCCGACUCGUUCUUCGUCUCGUUCGGUGCCGCUUAUAAACAACCCAUUAUCGGCGCUAAUCGUUAG